UGACUGCAGGGGGCAUCAUCUUCUAUUACAGCCGUUGUCACACACCGUACUGCCGGAAACAACUAAGAAGAAGAACAGUAAGGUACAUUUGUGUUAGUGGAGAGCCAAGAAGAAAAGUGAAAACACAAAAACAUAAAGCCAUACUAUCACAAUGCUUCCACUAUCUCUGCUUAAGACUGCCCAGAACCAUCCUAUGCUGGUGGAGCUGAAAAAUGGAGAGACGUAUAACGGUCACCUGGUUAGCUGUGACAACUGGAUGAACAUCAACCUGAGAGAAGUCAUCUGCACCUCCAGGGACGGAGAUAAGUUCUGGAGGAUGCCUGAGUGCUACAUCAGAGGAAGUACCAUCAAGUACCUGCGAAUCCCCGAUGAGAUCAUCGACAUGGUGAAGGAGGAGGUGGUGUCAAAGGGCCGCGGACGUGGAGGCCCUCAGCAGAACAAACAGCAGGGCAAAGGAAGAGGAGGAGGAGUCGGCCGAGGUCUGUUUGGCGGCCGUGGCAGAGGGAUGUCUGGUCCUGGUCGGGGCCAGCAGCAGCAGCUGCAACUGCAGCAGGAUAAGAAACCCGGCAAACCACAGGGAAUGAAGAACCAGCACUGAAUGAACAUUACACCUUCAGCAACACAUCCUGUAGUCUGAGCGAUUUCUCCUUCAGUACGUGAAGAUAAAAUUAACUCUCUGGUGUUUCCUUCUGCUGUGAUGUUUUUCUGGAUUGACAGUUGCAGAAAUCACACUUAAGAGAAGUUAAGAGAAGCUGUGCUUUUGCACUUAAUUUUGUUUUUUAGCACAUCAGUUGGUAUAAACAUUUUCUUUUUAUUUGAUCAUAUACCAGUUUAUCAGUAAGAGCUGACUUCUUUAGUAUCAUCAUUGUGUCAUUACAAUGUUGCAAAAACAUUUUGUGUCAUCACAUUGUGUUAUCUAAAAACAGUUUUCCUUCAGUUGGCACACUGGUAGAGGUUUUUAUUUGUUGUUUUGUCAACUUUUCUCCUCAGAUGUAAUUCUCAAAGUAAAGUAACUGCCCAGCCCGGCUUCUGUUGCCCCAAUAUUUUUUUUAACUUACUUUUCACUUUUGUGUUGUUUGUGAUUUUCUGCGGUUUGUUAAAGCAUUCACAAAUGACGCAUGAUCAUUAGGAUUUCCAGAGAAAAAAGGGUUCUCAUUUUAAGUCUGAAAUGGAUAAGUCUUUGUUCCAUGUUGGUUGGAUUUCAUUUAUUUUUGUAACAAAAGACAAUGUUGUAAUUUAUUUACAUGAGAAUAAAACAACUUUUUUGUUAAA